AUGGCCGAACCCGCGCCAAAACGUCGCAAAACAACUCUCCACGCUCUAGGCUCCAACGGCAACUACCAACUCGGUUUCUCCCAUACACAAGACACCUCUACACCCACUAAAUGCGUUUUCCACGAUAAAAACAUAACACUCAACCAUGUUCCACUAGCUGAGCAUGAGGAGGUCAAGAAGAUAGUCACGGGAGGUAAUCACACGCUUCUACUGACUAAUCUGGGACGGGUGUGGAGUGCUGGGCUGAAUGAUACUGGGCAGAGGGGUUUGGUGGCGCCGGAAGAGUUAGGAAUUCAAAAUGGAUUGAGUGCUGGGGAGAGGUCGGAUACUGCUUUCUCCAGUGGUGAUGUGGGAUUCGGCGGAUGGAGAUUAUUAUCCUGGACUGGGGCGCAACAUCUCCAGCGAGAUACUGGUCGUGAUCACACGGCCUAUGUAACGGACCUGGCUGCCACGUGGACAGCGUCAUAUUUGGUGCUUGACAAUACGAGUGUUUACAGCUGUGGCAGUGGGCAGAAGGGCGAACUCGGCUUAGGAAAAGAUGUGGUAGCUUCGACUACACCGAAGAGGUGCUUCGACCUGCAAGACGUCGAACCUGGGGAGUCGACUACGGUCAAGCAGAUUGCAGGUUGCAUGAGCCAUGCCGUUGUUCUAAGCACGAGCGGGAAGCUAUAUGGUUGGGGCGCGAGUAGAAAAGGACAACUUGGCCAGGUCAUGAGGGAGACAAAAGUAAGCUGGACACCGAGGAGGGUAGAUCUGGGCUUGACGGAUGGUGAGGAAUGGCCAGUGGAUCAGGUCUGCGCAGGUCGAGACUUUACAUUCGUGGUCGGACGUCGUAGUCAAGAGCAAUAUUUCCUAGGAGAUGCAAGUAAGCUUGGCAUUGAGCUGCCAUUACCUCUGACAGAAUCGACUGAGAAGCGUGAGCAUGGCGUAAAUAUUCAUGCAGGCUGGACAUCCAUCACGGUCUUGUCUUCGAACGGCACUGCUCAAGCUUUUGGGAAGUCUCCUCAAGGUUUCGUCAAGAACCUUGUUCGAGCACGUACACUUCACAACAUAGCUUCCAUGGCUGUAGGGAGUGAGCAUUGUCUGGCGAUUUCGGAUGAUGGAGAUGUGCUAGCAUCAGGCUGGAAUGAGCACGGAAAUUGUGGUGAUGAGAAUGACCUUGAUGCUGUGGACAAUGCGCAGCAAGCGAACACGAUUUGGCACAAUAAGGCGAACCACAGAACUAUUGGUGUUGCUGCUGGAUGUGCUACCAGUUUCAUUUUGACGGAGUCGAUUGCAGUUGACGAAACAGAGAACGGCUGA